AAUUUGUGGAGAGCGGACGAUGGCGGAUGUUGCUCGAGAAGUUCCAGUGGAAGAACUAAUAGAAAAUGCUCGGAAGAAGUUUUCUAACACUUUUAACCGAUCACCAACGGUAGCAGGCAUUGCCCCAGGAAGAGUAAACAUUAUUGGUGAACAUACCGAUUACAAUGAAGGUUUCGUUUUCCCUAUGGCCCUGCCGCUGUACACGGUGGUUGUGGGCGGUCCUUCCGACGACGUUGGGAGGUGCCGGGUGGUGACUCUGGCUGCGGGUGCCGACGACCCUCGUGACGUUGAGUUCAGCACUCCUACGUCAGAGCAGCCCCUAACCAGGAGUGAUGCUCCGGCGUGGGCUAAUUACGUCAAAGGAGUCGUUGCCAACUUCCACGGGAACGUGGUGGGGUUCAACGCGGUGGUGGCCAGCUCGGUGCCCCUCGGUGGGGGCCUCUCCAGCAGCGCCGCCCUCGAGGUCGCGACCUACAGCUUCUUAGAGGCCCUCACCCAGUCACCUGCUCAGAGCCCACGCGAGAAAGCGCUGGCCUGUCAGCGCGCGGAGCACGACUUCGCUCUCAUGCCGUGCGGCAUCAUGGACCAGUUCGUCUGCAGCAUGGCCGAGGCUGGCAACAUUCUUCUCAUUGACUGCAG